AAUUUAAUAAUGAAUAUAACCACAAAACAAAAUCAAGCUAUAUAUUUUAGAAAAAGAUAUCAUAAAAAUUUAAAUGAAAUAUUAAAACACAUUGAUGAUAUGAGAGAAGAAAUUUGUAUAACAGAAGAAGAACAUUUAAAAAAUAUUCAUAAAUUAUUAGAUAAAAUAGAAUAUUAUCAUAAAUUUAAAGAUAUUAAUUCACCUAAAAAUAAUUCUCAUGUAAAAGAAUUAGAAAAAAAGGUUAUACAAGAAGAAGCUUAUUUGGAUACCGAAUUAAGAGUAUUACAGGCCGAUUUAGGUAUGCUCAUGUGGAAAUAUGAAGAAUUGGAAAAUUAUGAUUUAAAAGAAUGGAAUAAUUCUCAAUUAGAGAUACAACAAUUACGAGCAAAAUUAAUGGAGGUUGCAACUCGAUUUUCAAAAAUGAAAUCAAAUAAUUAUUAUUAUUAAAAAAUUAAUCUCUAAAAAAUUUUUUUUUUUUUCUUUGAACAUUUAACGAACAUUUGAAUUAUAUCGUCCAUGGAGGAAAUGGAGAUAUAUAAUAAUUAUAGUCUACGAAUCUUAGUCUACGAAUCUAGUCUACGAAUCUAGUAGUCUACGUAAUAUAAUUUAUUAUUAAAGGUGUGGCAAACAUAUAACGAUAUUAUGCGUUAUUUUAAUAUAAUUGGGAUGAACAAUAGAAAAAAAUUAGAAUAGGUAUAAUAGUUAUUUACAUAAUUUUAAAUAAAAAGUAAAAUAUCUGUAAUAUAAAAUAAAUAUAAUCACGUAUAUACGUAUAUAUUGUAUAUUUGAAGUGAAUAAAAGCACUAUGCUUAAAGGCAAUAUGCUUAGGUCGUUAAA